AUUUGCAAUAAAAACAAGACGACUUCCGCUUUCACAAGUCCACGGGAGGAAUUAGUGGUGGCUAAUUUUAAUAGAAUUAUAGAGUAGGCUAUUUUGUCACUAAAAGAUUCGAGUUUAAUCAUAGUUGCUUAUGUUAAUAUUUGCUAUAGCAUGAAAACUAUUUAAGUGUCAGCGUGCAAGAAUGAGAUAUUUGAGCUUGAUUUGAAACUACCGCUUUACUGUUGCUUGGUAGCUAGCUAGCUACACUGCUAGCUCAGCAUUUGCUGCAGCUACAAAUACGUCUGCGUUUUUGCACCGACUGCGGGAACCGUUGCAGCUACCUAUCUGCUCGGCAGGGACGAGCAUGAGCGAAGGAGACGUUUUCCACGAGAAGCAGAGGCUGGAGCUGUGUGCCAUUCAUGCAUUGAACAACGUACUUCAGGAGAAAGUCUUCACGAAGGAGACAGCCGACGAGAUAUGCAAGCGUUUGGCGCCGCAGUGUGUCGUGAAUCCUCAUCGCUCAAUGUUAGGGACAGGGAACUACGAUGUUAACGUGAUUAUGGCCGCACUUCAGAGUCGGGGGUUGGCUGCUGUAUGGUGGGACAAACGAAGGUCUGUACAGUGUCUGUGUGCAGACCAGGUGCAAGGUUUCAUCCUGAACGUACCUUCCCGGGUCUCACUGGGAAUGGUGUCCCUCCCUCUCAGGCGAAGGCAUUGGCUGGCCGUGAAGCAAGUCAGUGGAUCCUACUAUAAUCUGGACUCUAAACUUAAGAAUCCUAUUUGCAUUGGAGGCGAAGCUGAACUUCGUACCUUCCUCAGUGAGCAGCUAUCUCAGGACGUGUCAGAGAUGCUCCUUGUCGUCCAAAGGGAGGUGGAGGAAGACGGGAGCUGGCUGACCAGCGACGAGCGAAAGAAGUGAGACUUCAGGGACAACAAGCCAUUUUCUUCAGGAUGGAACUCUUAACUCCAGUUUAAAAAAUGCUAUAUCAGACUGAAAGCCUUUAUAAAAGAACCACUUUUUGGAGGCACUACAUGAGUGUUACAACAUUUAUGAAGUCCUACACAAAUGCACGCACAUAUAGAGAGAAUGCCCAGGAGACUAUUUGAAAUGGGGAGGGGAGGGGAGGGAAGGGGGAUUCAAGUGGUCUGUUGGUAAGAGCUGUUACUGACCACCCGGUAGUGUUGAAAUUUUUACAACUGAUGCAUUAGCUGUCUUGUCUAUUUAUACACCUAUGCACUGUACCUUUGAGGAAAAUGCAAUGAAAUCUAUUUAUGUUUUUGGUCACCUAUGCAGAAAACAGGUACAGUAUAGUUGCCAGGAAAUAGCCAAGUGGUACCUGGAGUCUGUCUGUCUGUUCAUCUAUCUCUACCCACCCGACUAUGCACAUAACAGUGAAUGAGAGCGCCCUCUCACACACUCACUCGGGCUCAGUGGAAUUGCAAACAAUAAAAUUAAAUGUUAAUAUUUAUAUGAA